GUUAGUACUGUGUUCUGCACAGUUAAGAAAAGGAAGUUAAGACUGAAGCAGCGUAGUGGCACAGCUAAAGACAAAGAAGACCUCACUAAAAGAUUUCAACAGCUAGGGUUUCACGUGGAACCAUAUGAUGAUUUAAACAAGAAGAUCAUGAUGGAGAAAUUACGAGAAGCUGCUGAAGCUGACCAUACAGAUGCCGACUGCUUUGGGUGUGUUUUCCUGAGUCAUGGGGAAGAGUCCCAUGUUUUUGCACAUGAUGACAUGGUUGAUAUUAAGGAAAUAACAGCACUCUUCAGGGGAGACCAGUGCAAAAGCCUUGUAGGAAAGCCCAAGAUCUUCAUCUUCCAGGCAUGCCGUUGGGACAUCACUGAUAAUGCUGUGGCUGGGAUGGCCCUAAAUGAGAUGUACAGUGAGGUGGAGGAAGAUGCUGCCAGUGUCUACACACUCCCAGCAGGGGCAGAUUUCCUCAUGUGCUACUGUGUAGCUGAGGGUUAGUGAUCAAAAGUGUGCAGUCGGAUGACAAAGGAAAAAAGCUGAAUCGAUGAGGUCAUGAAUAAAUAAAUGAGAACACCACUGGAUACACUCAUUACAAAGAUGAAAGAUAAGCACACAUUUGAAAGUUCACAAGCUUCAUUAAAUGGGUUUCUGUGAUCAAGCAGCUGCACACAAGUCUAAGAUCAUCAUGUGCAAUGCCAAGCGUCAGCUAAAGUGGUGUAAAGCACGCUGCUACUGGACUCUGGAGCAGUACAAACGUUUUCUCUUUGCUGUCUUACAGGGUGUCGGUUUGGCACCUUAGUUCUGUUGUAUUAAUGCUCUAAAAUACAAAGACAUUUUAGACAAUUAAACAUUUCCAGCUUUGUGGCAAAA